AUGCAAGCGCCCAUUGUGCUCACGUGCGACGAUGGCAAGGCCAUGGUUGUCGCUACCGACAAGGCGUCGACCGUGUCCGUUGUCGAGUCGCGAUUCCUUCUCGACGGCGCCGAGUACCUUUACAUCGAGCCGAUCGAUGGCGCGCACGUGCACCUCGUCUCGAUGCACCAGCGCAAGCGGUACCUCAGCGCGCAGCCGCUGCGGUCGGCGCUCGUCUGGUCGGCGCGCGCGUCGCCCAAAUCCGUCUUCCGCAUCGUGUCGGCGUCGCCAGAGACCUUUUGCCUCGAGAGCGUGCACUGGCCGCAGCAGUUUGUGCGCUGGAAGCGCGCGCACUCGAGCCGCGCGCUUGGCCACCUCGUCCUCAAGCGCCAGCGGAAACACGCGACAGCGUUUACAGCCAUGGACGCUGCUCGGCGCGACCAGACGCUCCUCCGACGGCGGCACGAGACCACCGCAGAGGAGGUCGAUGCGCUCUGCGUGCUCGAGCCCAUCGGGUGCUGGGACGCCGACGACUUGCCGGUGGCCUACCGUGCCGACUGGCAGGACGCCGCCGCGUGUCGAGCAAACUAA